UGCAGCCAGCCCCGGAGGGGGUGUGUGCUAGACAGAGCGCUAUAAAUACUGGCGCCCUCAGUGUGCUCACGACGCAGCCUCGCCGCGAGGAAGAGAACACAGAAGCCCGGUGCCAAGGACCGGGACGUGCUAGGAUUCCAGAAGGAGAAGAAGGCAAGAUGAAGACUCUUAUUCCUCUGCUACUUCUGGGGCUGCUGCUGACUGGGGAGAAAGGACAGGUCCUGGGAGAAGAGACCAUCUCAGCCAAUGAGCUCCAGGAAAUGUCCACCCAGGGGAGUAAGUACAUUGAUGAGGAAAUUCAAAAUGCCCUCAAGGGGAUGAAAGAGAUAAAGAACCUAAUGGGACAAACAGAUGAAGAGCGCCAGACACUGCUGAGCACCUUAGAGAAAGCUAAGAAGCAGAAAGAGGAUGCCGUAAAGGUGACCAGGGAUACUGAAAUGAAGCUGAAGGCAUCACCAGAGGUGUGCAAUGAUACCAUGACAGCUCUCUGGGAGGAAUGUAAGCCCUGCCUGAAACAGACCUGCGUGAAGUUCUACACUCGCAUCUGCAGAAGUGGCUCUCCUGCUGUUGGCCACCAGCUUGAGGAGUUCCUGAACCAGACUUCUCCCUUUUACAUCUGGAUUGAUGGCGACCGCGUUGACACCCUGCUGGAGAACAACCAGGAGCAGACCCACAUGCUGGACGACAUGGAGGACAGGUUCAGCCAGGUGUCCAGAGCGAUGGACAAGCUAUUCCAGAGCAGGCUCUUCAGCUUCGAGCCCCCGAAGCCUUUCUUCCCCUUUCCCUUCAGCUCAUUCCGUGACAAUUCUUUUCAUAAGCCCCGCUUUCUCUAUCCCAAGUCCCGUGUGGUCCGGGACACAGUGCCUUUCUUCAUUCAUGAACAUCUGAACUUCCCAGACUUGUUCCGGCCCUUCUCUGACCUGAUACGGCAGGCUCAACAGGCCAUGGAUAUCUCCCGCCUGAUGGGGGACUUUGCAACAGGAAACAACAACGAUACCCGCCUUGUGUGCCGGGAAAUGCGCCGCAACUCCACGGGAUGCCUGAAGAUGAAGAAUCAGUGUGAGAAGUGCCAGGAGAUCUUGUCAGUGGACUGUUCUGCCAGCAACCCCGCUCAGGCCCAGCUGCGACAGGAGCUUAAGACUGCCCUCCAGAUGGCUGAGAAAUUCACCAAGCAAUAUGACGAACUGCUCAAGUCCUACCAGCAGAAAAUGUUUAAUACCUCCUCCCUGCUGAGCCAGCUGAACCAGCAGUUUAGUUGGGUGUCCCAGCUGGCUAACCAUACCCAAAAUGACAAACAAGCCUAUCUCCAGGUCUUCUCGGUAACUUCCAAAACUACUGACUUGGAUAACUCUUCCAAGCUUGGGGACACUGAGGUGGUUGUGAAGCUGUUUGAUUCUGACCCCAUGACUAUGAUGGUCCCGAAAGAAGUCUCCUGGAGGCGGCCUAAAUUUAUGGAGAUUGUGGCAAAGAAAGCCCUGGAUGAGUUCCGCAAAAACAACCAAGAGGAAAAGUGAGAUGUGAAUGCUGCUUUUCCAUGUAUGGGGCAUCUGAGUCCAGUCCUCCUGAAAUAAGUCCCAGGCCCCAGAGAGAACUCUGCAUGUUAUCAAGUACUAGGCCCUGGGCUCUAGGCCCUCCCCACCUGACCCCACCUGCUCGCCUCCCUUCUGGAUUCUGUACUCUAAUGCCUGCACUUGCUGCUAGUGGGAAGAACUUCUUCCACAUGCAACUAAUUCAAUAAAACU